AUGUCCGUGAAGCGCUCCGCUACUGUCUCUUCGCUUUCCAGUUCUGGAAAGUUUAUUCGAAACAUUUGCAUAUUAGCCCACGUAGACCAUGGGAAAACCACCUUGGCAGACGCCCUACUUGCGACCAAUGGUAUCGUCUCAUUGAGGCAAGCGGGCAAACUUCGGUACAUGGACAACACACCAGCUGAGCAGGAACGAGGCAUCACAAUGAAAUCCAGCGUGGUCGGACUUCGUUUUACGAGGCCACCAUCAUCCAAACAACCGGAAUCCUGUUCAUUUCUCGUGAAUCUUGUCGAUUCUCCUGGACAUGUGGAUUUUGCGACCGAAGUAUCCACCGCUGUGCGCUUAUGCGAUGCCGCCAUCAUCGUGGUCGACGUGAUCGAAGGUGUCUGUCCGCAGACCCGGUCCGUGUUACGUCAAGCGUGGAAUGAGCAGCUCACUCUGAUUUUGGUCCUGAAUAAAAUCGAUCGGUUAAUUUUGGAAUUGCAGUUGUCAUGCUUGCAGGGGUAUCAGGUUAUCUGCCGAGUAAUCGAGCAGGUGAACUCAGUGUUGGCCGAAAUGUUUGCCGCUGAUAUCGCCCGUCAUCGCGAUGAAGAUUUGCAGCUUUCUUCAAAACAGCCCGCUUCCGAUGAUAUUGGUGCAAUAUCGUAUGUUAUAUCUGACGAUUUGAGCCAAACCGACGAUUCCAAACUUUAUUUCUCUCCAGACCGUGGAAACGUAGUGUUCGCCUCAGCCGCAGACGCAUGGGGCUUCCGGCCAUCUGAUUUCUUGACUUUGUGGUCGGAAAAGUUGAAUGUUUCUGUGGAUGAGCUAGACAAAUUUUUAUGGGGAGAUUACUAUAUCAGUCGAAGCCCGAAUGAAGGUUGUGGUGGACGUACUGUGUUCAAGUCGGAUGCACAUUCGAAUGGGCGAAAGCCGGUCUUCGUUCAGUUGGUGUUGGAACCGUUGUGGAAAGCUUAUCAGGUGGGUGAAUUGGUCUCAUGA